ACAUAUACAUAGUGCACCUCUUCUCAUUCCCGAAGAAAGUAAAACAAGAAAAACAGAGACAGAAAAGAGAGUAAUAUUGUGCUCUCAUCUCAUGGUAGUUACAAAAUGCAAGACAACGAGGAAUGUACACCUGACAAGUACAUUUUUCCUAAUACUUGUGAUCAUUUGUUCAGCCUCACCGUCAUGCAAAGGCCAAGAUCAGCCCCAAGCACGUCUUCCUUGUCCCCCUAGGCCACCGCCACCACAUAGACCACCGCCGUGUAAUUUGUUAGAGAUGUCACACCACCAUCGUCAUAGGUCGCCUCCAUCUUCACCCCUACUGGUGCCAUCAUCUCCACCACGCAGUUUGUUAGAGCAGUCACACCAUCAUCACCACAAGUCACCACCAAUGCCAGCAGUGCCAUUGCCACCACCAUGUAGUUUGUCUAAGAUGUCACACCAUUAUUCCCAUAGGUCGCCAUCAUUGCCGCCAGUGUCGUCACCACCACCACUGGAACUAGUGUCGUCGUCACCACCACGUAGCUUGUUUGAGACAUCACACCAUCAUCAUCAUAGGUCACCACAAUCACCACAAGUGUUAUCUUCACCACCACAUGGUUUAUCAGAGAUGUCACAACGUCAUCACUAUUGGUCAUCUUCCCUACCAUUGGUGCAAUCAUCAUCACUACCAUGUAGUUUGUCCGAGACUGUUUCCCUAAAGCCAAAGCCCGAGACGUGCUACCCCUACAAUAACAGAUUUUGUCUGACUCAUGAUUGCGAGAACAUGUGCAAGGAAAAUGGCUUUAAACCCAAAAAAAGCUAUUGUGUUGAGAGAGCGGAUGCUAAAUGGGAAUGUUGUUGCAAACAUUAAGCAAUGUAACUAAAGCAUAUAUUUGAUGUGAACUCAAUAAGAUAA